UUAUUUUUAUAAGAUAAAAUAUUUUCUUAAUCGAGCGUGUCGAUUCCUAUUUCCCGCGGUCGUGAAAUUCGAGAGGGCGGCAGUGCAACUAGUGCGAGGCGUUUUCGGGCUUGUCAUAAUAACGAGAACAUAACCUGAAAUCGUUUCCCGGACGCAAAUUUGUUGAGGGUAUGCUUGUCUGUCGCACUGUCGAGAAUAAUUACGCGAGCUGUCAAAAGGAUCGAGAAUGAAGUAUUCCACUUCGCCGCCGACGAGCCGGUGCCACUCGCCCGUUCCGACAGAAUUCUCGUCCUCGUUGCCGAUGCCGAUCGUUUACAGGCACAACUGCAUGGGCGCGGCGACCAAGUGCUACAAAUAUCUGAGAAAAUUGCUGAAGUUUGAGCAAAUGGACUUCGAGUUCGCCGUUUGGCAGAUGAUCUUUCUGUUCGUGGCGCCGCAGAAAGUGUACAGAAACUUCCAGAACAGGAAACAGACGAAGUCACAAUUUGCGAGAGACGACCCAGCGUUUUUGGUGCUGGUUACGUGCUGUCUCUGCAUAUCUACCGUUGGUUUCGCCAUAGUACUCAGUUUGAGAUUCUUCCAAUUUGUAAAGUUGUUAUUUUAUAUGGUAUUCAUCGAUUACAUAACCACUGGAUUGUUAAUAGCAACUGUGUUUUGGUUUAUGAGCAAUCGGUAUCUCAGGAUAGACAGAACGCAAGACGUUGAAUGGGGCUACGCGUUCGACAUCCAUUUGAACGCGAUGUUUCCUCCGUUAAUCAUACUUCACAUCUUACAGUUAUUUCUAUACAACGCUUUGAUAAACAACGAUACGUUCUCGGCGCGGUUUGUUGGGAACACCUUUUGGUUCAUAGCUAUAAGCUAUUACAUUUACAUUACGUUUCUCGGCUACGCAAAUGUCGAGAUACUCCAUAAAACGCAUCUAAUAUUGUCAAGUCUACCCAUAAUAUUGCUGAUAUACAUAACUACGUUAUGCGCCGGUAUUAAUGUCAGUUAUUUGGUUAUGGAAUUCUAUCGUUACCGGGCUCUGUGAAAUAUCAGAUUUUUGUCAAAUGUGUCGCCUAUGAACGUCGGAAUAACAACCUGGCCGUACGGAAUCCCCCUCUAUUCUAGAAUCGACGAGACGGGAUUCUACUCUGAAAUCUCCCCUCGAUCCUCGCUCUCAUUUUACAUGAUCCGUCAUUUCGUUUUCUUGUUCCACGAUCACGUGACAAAUAGGGGAGCAGCGGGGAAAAUUCCGAGAGAGGAGAAUUCCAUUACAGAGGUACAGCUGUUUCCGAAUGGAUUAUCACUUGAAGACCGUAGGCUCUUCAACGAUCUUGCGUUCCAGGAAUAAUAUAUCUAUUUUUUUCAUUUGUAUCUAAGAGAACUAUCGACGUUCCAAAUAUAACCCGCGUGUAGUAGCGAA